CCAAAGUCAAGCUUAAACCGAACGCAGUGUGCAAGCGACGCGAGUGACGGUAACAGUGUGAUUAUCAACGGCGACAACGGCUUAGUUGAAUUUACGAUUUUGAAAUUCAAUCAAAUUGUAUACGUAAAAUUCUUUGAAUAAAAAGGUGAAGAUGAAAUAUCUAUUUUUUGCCACUUUGCUCUGUGCGGGCAUAGUUUUCUGUAAUGCUAAGUUGGAAGAAAAAUUUUCGUGGAAACAACUGCAGUUUGAAUGGCCAAGUGAACAAGCUGAACAAGAUGCCAUAAGCAAGGGUCAAUAUGUGGCCGAGAAUAAUUUGCCUUUGGGCUUGGAGCGUUGGAAUGACAAAUUAUUUGUCACUGUGCCAAGAUGGAAGGCCGGUAUAGCUGCUUCACUGAAUUACAUUGAUCUUAACACUGUGGAUAAAUCACCAAAAUUGCGUCCUUAUCCAAGCUGGGAAGCCGCUUCGCUACCAAUCGAUGUAGAACCACAAGAAGCCAAGACACCAGCUAUUGGACGUUUGGAUGCUGACAAACCACAGUCUGCCGAAACCGCAUUGAAGGAUAAUGCCACCAUUAUAUCUACAUUCCGCAUACAAGCCGAUGCUUGUGAUCGUUUGUGGGUUUUGGAUACCGGGCUUGCAGAUAUCCUAGGCAACCCCAAGCAAAUCACACCCAAUUCCAUCGUUAUCUUCGACUUAAAGACAGACAAAGUAUUGCGCCGUUUCGCCAUACCAAAGGACCAGAUUAAGGAUGACAGUUUCUUUGCGAAUAUUGUAAUUGAUGCCGAACGCACAGAAUGUAAUGACGCCUACGCAUACAUACCCGAUUUGGGUGCUUAUGGUCUGAUAGUUUACUCGUUCCGUGACGAUCGCUCAUAUCGUGUCAAACAUAAUUUCUUCCAUUUCGAUCCACUACAAGGUGACUUCAAUGUUGGCGGUGUCAACUUCCAAUGGACAGAUGGUGUAUUCGGUCUAGCGGUUGGUCCUUUGAAAGCUGAUCACACAAAAGAUAUUUACUUCCAUGCUUUAGCCAGCACCAAAGAAUUCAAAGUCUCAAAUCGUGUCUUACAAAAUGAAACGCAUGUAACGAGUCCAGCCGCUUAUUACGACUUCGAAUUUGUGGGUGAUCGUGGCAUGAAUGGACAAUCUACUACGGAAGUGUUUGACAAAGAAACCGGUGUUAUAUUCUAUACACAAGUUAAUAAGGAUGCCAUUGCCUGCUGGAAUGUGAAACGUCCAUACGAUUUGGAAUCACAAGGACUUAUUGAUUCUGAUUCACACACACUGGUGUUCCCUAAUGACAUGAAAGUCGAUAAUGAAGGUACUGUGUGGGUGCUGUCAGAUAAGAUGCCGACAUAUUUAUACAAAGAAUUAGAUCCCGCAGCAGUGAACUACCGUGUUUUGAGUGGAAACAAUCGUGAACUUAUCAAAGGCACACCAUGUGAAGCUUAAGAUUACAUAUUGACAUUUUCAAUAAAAAACGUUGGCAGUAGUCGAGCGCUAGUAUACAAUGAAAUACAUUUUUAAUAAGUUUAUAUUUAUGCAAAGCACAAAUUUUUACACACUACGUUUUAAGUUAUUGUUUUAUGUGCAAAAUUUUAUUGUUUACUACUUGUUGAAAAAAAAUUGUUUAAGCACGCAUAUUGUGAUUUUAUGGAUGAAAAAUAAAUUACAAAUAUAAAAACAUAAAGAAAUGAGAAA